AUGGCCCAACCCAUCACAGCAGGCCGGAUCGUGAUGAUACUGGGCAACCUCGUAUACUCUGUCGGAGCCUUCCUCGCAGACUACAGUGAGACACAUGUCUUCAACCCAAGAUGGCCUCCACAUGUAAGCCCAUCACGCCAUCUCUUGGGUACGCAGACAAGCUGACGAAAAGCAUGCACGGUUUCAUAACGGACAGACCAUGAGCCUCGGACUGCUGUUGGCCACUUCAUCGUUGUACUACUUGUUCAGACCUGCUCGUGACCUUCAGGAGACCAAGGACAACCUCUUCACGUCUGCGUUGAUUGGAGAGUUUUAUUGUGUUGCGGCCCUCUCUGCGAUAUUGUAUCCGGGUACCGCAUGGCAGGAUCCGGAAUUCCGUCAGGGCGGAGAGCAGAGAUAUAUCUUUGGUAUUGUGUGCGUUGCGAUGGUAGUUGGGUACUGGUUGGAAUCGCGGAGGCUUGGGAAGACGAAGACAGCUUGA